AUGGCAAGUACUUCCGCAAUUGUAACAAUAGCUGAUACUUAUCAAAUAAUGGAAGCUAUUGAAAAUUGUCAAACCGAAUCCGACGAUGUAAUCGUCGAAAAAUAUUUAUUAUUUUGGUCGCAUGUUUGUAGAGUUAUGAGUAAUUGGGGAAUUGUGUUUUCUUUCGUUGUAAAAGACGUACAAAUGAAGCUGGAAAAACUGCAAGAGAAAUUGAAAAACGAUCCCGAAAAUUAUAAAACUAUAUUGCGAAUGGCGAAACAUGAAGCAGAAAAUGGAACAAUUCGCAAUUUGAAACCGAAUCGAAGUGGAACCGGUCACAUUCUUGUACUAAAAAGAGCUCUCGAGUUUGUAAUUGAUUUAUUGGAUGGAGUAUUUUGUGCCCCAGAUCCUUCGAUUAGGGUCUCAACAAUCGCCAAGGCAGCUUAUGACAAGCAUUUAUCGCAAUUUCAUUCGUGGCCGAUCCGAACUUGCGUUUCCGGCGCUCUUCUAAGUUUGCCGCGAAAGGAUGAGUUUCUUAUCCGUCUUCGUGGAGAUAUGCCAUCUAAAGACGACAACAGGUUCCACGAGACUUUAACAGUACAAGGGCGCGAAAUCAUCCGACGUCAAGAUGCGUUGGUCGAACGAUUCAAUCUCGCUGACUAUAAUCCAUCUGCAUAA